AAAGUAGAUAAUUGGAAUAUUGUUAUGAUAUUUAAAAGCUUUUUAGGAAUAAAAAUCAAGACUGAUUAAUAUGAAUGAUAUAAUAUUUAUAUAGUAAUCACAUAACUCAACAAUGUACAACAGAAAAAUUGUUUGUUAAUUGCUAUAGAUUGAAAUAAGCUUCUCUAUUAUGUCAUUCUAGUUAUGAAUAGAUUUAUAAGAUGUCCACAACUUGAUCUCAUUUAAGGUUUAUCUGUCACAUUUUAUUCAUAUUCAAGUCAACUUGUAUUUUUUUUUAUAUAUAUAAUUAGGACGGUUGUACUAUGCUUAUAAUAUUGUUCCUUAGAAUUUUAGUUAUUUUCUAUUGAUUGUGAGUCGUGUGACAGUCACGGACAUAGAAGGAAACAAUGUUAUGGAUAAUGAAUGAUACUGAUAUGGGGUGGUCUCUUUAUUCACAGCAUUCAUAAAAUUGUUCUCUUGUAGACUGGGUUGCCAUCCGCAUAAUGCAAGAUACCGAUAUGUUCGUGUGCAAACUCUGAUCAUGGGCGACAUGUAUGUUUCAUCCCUUGAAAGGUAUGCUUGUGACCUUCUUCAACUUUUCCACUUGAAACGAUUUAAGGAAAAUAUAUUCUAACAGUUUAGUGCAUCUUCGUUUCAAAUGCUUGCCCUUUUGUUUUUUCUCGUUGUGCAAUGCAUCCUUAGCUGAUGUUUUGAACCUAGGAUUGGAUAUAAUAAUCACAUUAGUAUGGUAUGAAAGACCACAUUCUUUGUUGUGAAGAGUGGCACUGAAAUUGUCGUUGUCCAAGAAAGUUGACCUUUGACAUAAAUAAAUAGCGUACAGUAUGCAUAUUAUAGCAAUGAGUAUCUUGCGCCUCAUACUUCAUACCGUAUGGAAGACUCUAGACGUGCUAUAUCCAUUAACUUGACAGUUCCAGUGAUUUGACCUUAUGACUCACGCCCGAAUACUUCAAUUUAUUUAGGUUGCAGCAUCACCAUCAACCUUUUCUUCUCAAUGAUAAAUCUUUUGGCAUAUUCCUCUUCAAAUAAUAUAAAUGUCCCAUGAAGCCACGUUAUUUACCAAUUUCUUUUUGUCUUCUGUUUCAUGGUGCUCAUUUAUAUACCAUAAAGAUUCCAAAAAGCAGUCAUAUAUAACUCUUUGGGUCUACGGAAGAAAUAGCUGUUAACCAGUUUGUGAAGAGAGGGGAAAUUUAAAAAGCAAAAGAAAAACUAUAACUCUUUUAUGUUCCCAAUGAUUCGAGGAGCGCUUUUGGGAAUCAUCUGGAUGACAUAUUGUGUUUGCAUGUCAUUCCAACAAGAGACGACGUUCGUCUUCAACGGCUUCAACCAAGGAGACCAUCGUCUUCACCUUGACGGUAGUGCAAGAAUCCUUCUCAAAAAAGACGUCCUGCAGCUGACGAAUGCCACGACAACGCAAAUGGGUCGUGCUUUCUUCGAGCAGUUUAUUGACUUCAAACCGUCUGAACCAGUCUCGUUCUCGACGCAUUUUGUGUGCGCGCUUGUCCGUGCAGCUGAAGCUGGAGGCCACGGCAUGGCGUUUUUUGUGUCUCAUUCCACUGACUUCAAAGGCGCUCAACCGACUCGAUACUUUGGGCUUUUCAACCCAAACGGACCUGCUUCCACACGUGUGUUGGCUGUUGAGCUUGAUAUAACUAAAACUCUAGAUGUGCUUGACAUCAAUGAUAAUCAUGUUGGGAUUGACGUGAACAGCCCAAAGUCUGUGGUAUCUGCUAAAGCUUCUUAUUUCUCCGACAAAGAAGGUCGGAAGAUAGACAUGAAGCUCUUGAGUGGCGAUCCUAUCCAGGUUUGGGUGGAUUAUGAAGGAACAACACUCAAUGUUUCAUUGGCUCCUCUUGGUAACCAGAAACCAAGCCGACCUCUUUUGUCAUCAACAUCCAUCAAUCUUACCGAGAUUGUUCAAGGUAGAAGAAUGUUUGUCGGGUUUUCUGGUUCGACCGGGUCAAGCGUGGUCAACCAGUACGUACUCGGGUGGAGUUUUAGCAAAAGCAUGGCGUCGCUGCAGAAGAUUGACGUCUCAAAGCUUCCCAAAGUUCCUCAUCCUAGCAAUAAAAACAAGUUUAAAUCUCUGGUGUUUGAUGCUCUGUUGGGUUUACUAGCUUUGUUUGUUUUGGGGAUUCUCUUUGGAGCUUAUAUGUAUAGAAGAAACCUGUACGCCGAAGUGAGAGAGGAAUGGGAAAAUGUGUAUGGUCCACUCAGGUAUUCUUACAAGUCUCUAUACAAAGCAACAAAAGGGUUUAGUAGAAAUGAGUUUCUUGGGAGAGGAGGUUUUGGUGAAGUCUACAAAGGAACACUCCCCCGGAGCAUUGAGCUGAGAGAAGUGGCUGUCAAGAAAGUAGCACAUGAAGGUGAGCAAGGUAUGAAGCAAUUUGUGGCUGAGAUCGUGUGCAUGAAGAGUUUAAAACACCGGAGCUUAGUUCCACUUCUUGGGUAUUGCAGGAGGAAACAUGAGUUAUUGUUGGUUUCUGAGUACAUGCCAAAUGGUAGCCUUGAUGGUUACUUGUUUAAUGAUGAUAAACCGACUCUCCCCUGGUGGAGAAGAUUUGCCAUUCUCAAAGACAUAGCGUUAGCUCUUACUUACUUACAUACAGAAGCUGACCAAGUUGUUAUACACAGAGAUAUCAAAGCUUCUAAUGUGUUGUUGGACGCAGAGUUUAAUGGAAGGUUGGGAGAUUUUGGUAUGUCCAGGUUGUAUGAAAGAGGAGCUGAUCCAACCACAACAGAAGCAGUUGGAACUUUUGGUUACAUGGCACCUGAUCUUACAACAAUGGGACCUUCCACUGGAACUGAUGUAUAUGCCUUUGGUGUUUUCUUGCUUGAAGUAACCUGUGGGAGGAGACCUGUUGAGCCUCACUUGCCUGCUGCAAAACGUUUUCUGAUCAAAUGGGUUUGUGAAUGCUGGAGACGGUCCUCUUUGCUUGAUGCUAUAGAUCCAAAGCUGACAGAGUUCUCAUCCCGAGAAGUCGAGAGGGUUUUGAAAGUCGGGUUGCUAUGUGCAAACCUUGUUCCAGAUGCAAGACCGUCCAUGGAACAAGUGGUGCAAUACAUAAACGGAAACCUAGGGAUGCCUGAGUUUUGGCCAGAUUCUCCCGGAAUUGGAGCUCUCAUUCCAACGGCGUUUUCACAGCUCCCUUCACUAUCACUGUCUUCUUCCUCAUCCCACAACUCAAUGUUUAUUACUCAUUCACUCCUCGAUGGGAGUGGACGAUGAAAGUUUCUAACAAUUUCCCUUGUCAUCUUUGACCUUUUGUCAUCGACUAUUUUCAACCAUUUCUAUUUGAUGCUUGUUUCAUUGUAUGCUCAAACCAUGUUCAUUAUUGGCAUUCUCUGAAAAAGAACGGAUCCUUUGUGAAAAAUUCUUUUAGCUAAUUUCAGGCUGUUGUUAUAGAUGAUAUAACCAAGCUUUUUUAAAAAUAGUUAGAGAAAUCUAUAAGGAUCGAAUUAGAGAGGUAAUCGGUGUUUUACUACUAAUCACAAGUUUUUUGUUGUAAGCAGACUGAAAAUAUUUGGUAUCCUUCUAAGUGUGAAAAGAAAUGAUAAAAAUAUAUUGAAACAUUA